GCUUAAUAGUUGUGAAAGUCGGCUUCUGGAGAUAAUCUCCUAGAAAACACUUCACUGUGCUUUUCUAGUUCCUUCUUGUCGUCGCCAUCUUCCUCUCCCCUCCCUCCUAUUCCCCUUCCCUUCCCUUCUUCUUCCUUCCACUGCACUCUACCUUGAGUUCAUUCCGUUUUCUAUAAGAAACGGUUUAUCGCUGGAUCCCAGGGCAGUGGUGCUGUAGGGGAGACAUUGACUUGUCCAUCUCCCGCAAAAGGACUGCUAUCUGAAAGCUUUUCUAUCUCCUCAGCGUCGGCUGGUUUACGGCUCGAGUAUCAUCUACUCUCGUCGCGAUGGAUUCUCUUACGACCCAUCCUUCUACUGCUCAGCAGGCUCGGGCAUUCACGUCCCCUGCGUCUCUGUCCUUCCCCGGUGGUGCCGGCGAUCUGACCCCGCCUUCCGAUAAAGACGGAAACAUGGCGAUGGCCCAGGGUAUGAACGGGAUGGUGAACGGUCAGCAGCAGGGAGCAAAUGCCGCGAAUGGCAACGGGGUGGCGCCCGCGACUCCAGCUGCGACCCCUAGUGCCAACACCCCGGGAAGUGGCAUCGUGCCUACGUUGCAAAACAUUGUCGCGACGGUCAAUCUUGACUGCCGUUUGGACUUGAAGACGAUCGCGCUCCACGCAAGAAAUGCGGAGUACAACCCUAAGCGUUUCGCGGCCGUGAUCAUGCGUAUCCGAGAGCCAAAGACGACCGCUUUGAUCUUCGCCUCAGGCAAGAUGGUGGUGACUGGUGCCAAGUCGGAGGAUGACUCCAAACUGGCUUCCAGAAAGUACGCGCGUAUCAUCCAGAAGCUUGGUUUCAACGCCAAGUUCACGGAUUUCAAGAUCCAGAAUAUUGUGGGCUCCUGUGACAUCAAGUUCCCCAUCCGUCUGGAGGGUCUGGCCAGUCGCCAUCACAACUUCAGUUCUUACGAGCCUGAGUUGUUCCCCGGUCUUAUCUACCGUAUGAUGAAGCCCAAGAUCGUGCUUCUCAUCUUCGUCAGUGGCAAGAUUGUCCUCACCGGUGCCAAGGUCCGUGAGGAAAUCUACCAGGCGUUUGAACUGAUCUAUCCUGUGCUUUCGGAUUUCCGUAAAGUCUAAAAGAGCAUCACGCUCGACAGGAGGAUCUCGACCAUGUGUCCCUUCCACCUUCACCAACUUGUAUUAACACGGCUUUUCCCCCCUUGCACUGGCCCGCGAGGUUGUACUAUGGACGGACAACACGCUUCAACCCAGCACGGCUGAUGCAUUUUUCUGUUCCCUUUUCUCUUCUACACUUGCACAUCACGAUCUUCAUGCUAGCAUUUGUACGGCGUUAUAGCGAUUCGGGCUGUUCAUUUUCUUUUCCU